AUGGCUACUCGUCCUGAACCCCUCCGCCUCGGCAGCGUCGCCCCCAACUUCAAGGCAGAUACCACCAAAGGCCCCAUCGACUUCCAUGAGUUCAUUGGCGACGGAUGGGUCGUCCUCUUCUCGCACCCUGAAGAUUAUACACCAGUCUGCACCACCGAGUUGGGUGCAUUUGCAAAAUUGGAGCCGGAGUUCAAGAAACGAGGUGUCAAGUUGAUUGGUCUGUCUGCAAACACCAUUGAGAGCCAUGGAGGAUGGAUCAAAGAUAUCAACGAGAUCAGUGGCAGCGAUUUGCAAUUCCCAAUCAUUGGAGACAAGCAGAGGCAGGUUGCACUCCUAUAUGACAUGCUUGACCACCAAGAUGCCACCAACGUCGAUUCCAAGGGAAUUGCCUUCACCAUUCGAUCAGUCUUCGUGAUUGAUCCCAGCAAGAAGAUCCGAACCAUCCUAUCCUACCCCGCUUCAACUGGCCGAAACUCGGCUGAAGUGCUCAGAAUUGUCGACUCCCUUCAGACAGGUGACAAGUGGAAGGUCACCACUCCCAUCAACUGGGUUCCCGGUGACGAUGUCAUUGUUGCGCCUCCCGUCAAGACCGAGGACGCCCAGAAGAUAUGGCCUGAUAUGAAAAUCAUCAGACCAUACCUACGAACAACUCCGCUUCCCAAGGAGAAGACCUCUGCUGCUUAG